AUGUUACCGACUUUACUGCUAUCAGGGAAACCAUGCCUUCCUCCACCGCCGCCACGCGAAAAGCCUCCCAAGACGGCCCCCUCCCCUUUCCCACCCUGCACCCUUGUCACAGCUGAAACAGGAUCAUCCCUGUCAGUUGCCUCGCGUGGCGGCCAGGGAUUUUCAUUUGAGCUCGCAUGGCCGCAAGCUAGAUGCCUCACUAGUUCGCUACUCAACUAG